GUUAAGUUUUGAGUUCCAAAUUUGAAAAGAUAAACAAACAACAGAAAAGUUGGAUUUCUUUCUUGUAUUAAUUUAAUAAUAACUUUAUCUAUUGAAUUUGUUGCUGUAAACACUGACUAAAGACUAUCGAAUAUGGAAGAAGAGAAUCCGCCCGAGUCAGCGCCGGAUCCGGCAGGAGGCGCUGCCCAAACUGAGGCUGAACCCACUACUGGGGAAACGACUGAAGCUAGAGAAUCUAAAAGAGUGAAUAUGAAAGAAACACCGACAGAGGCUGGCGGCACAGAUGCCCCUUCAGCCAGCAAUGCUGCCGACGAAGCGAGAAAGUCAGUGGGAAAGGAACCGUCGACACUAGCCAAAGACCCGUCAGUGCCCGGAAAAGAACCUUCUGUGCUCGGAAAAGAGCCCUCUGUGCCCGGAAAAGAUCCCUCCGUGCCCGGAGAAGAGUCCUCUGUGCCCGGAGAAGCGCCCUCUGUGCCCGGAGAAGCGCCCUCUGUGCCCGGAGAAGCGCCCUCUGUGCCCGGAGAAGCGCCCUCUGUGCCCGGAGAAGAGCCCUCUGUGCCCGACAAACAGCCAUCAGUGCCUGGAAAAGAGCCAUCAGUUCCCGGCAGACUUCCUUCCACAUCUGCAAAGCCAGCAUCAGUAUCUUACGGUAAACGGAAACCUGAACCCAAAGGCGUUGGUGGAGAAACUGCAGACACCACAGCACAUGCUGCUGAUAUGGAUGAUAUUGCCGCAAGGAUUGAUCAAAUAACUAGGACAAGGACCCUGUCGCGACUCUCGCAACUGUCGCGGCAUCCUUCCAUGUUCCAGGAGCGAUGUUUGGUGGACAAGACGGCAUUGGAGGCAAUCCUUGACAUUAGCACCAGGAUCCAGGGUAUGCAAAGGAAGAGUAGGAGCAGUACUUUAGCCUUGGGAUCUGAAUCUUAUAAAGAAAAACAGGCCAGGGCAAAGGAAGCUCGGAAUAACAGAAUGGCAGCUUUGAAGGCACAGCAGAGAUUUCUACUUGAAACUGCUGCCUUCAUACUGAAUAAGCCAAUAGAAUAUGUCCUUGAAGGUGUGUAUGAUUCUGAUACACACAUGGACCUCCUGGAGAGUGCAGUGGCUGAGGGAGGCAGGAAUUGCGUCAUUGUUUGUGAUGCCCUGAUGCCCCCACUCAAAAUGGAGUCUGGCAGAUUUGUACCUGACCAAAAAAACAAUAUGGACAGAACCUACCUAUCAGACUCCUCUACUAUUGAAACUGAAGGCAAAGCUGUUGCAAUGUAUCGGAUUAAAACCAAUGCUAUAGAUCAGAGAAAUGUUGCUGAUGAUUAUUACAUGGCCUUCUUCGACAUAGACCAAGAGACUGAGAAUGUAGUGUCGGCAGUAUUCAAAACGAUGAUGAAUGUGUAUGUCCCCGCGCUUCAGGCGUGCAAGGCGUGGGGGGACCUCAACCCGCCCAACCCAAAGAGCUCUGACAUCAUCAAGGAGUAUAUUUCCAAGAUUAUGUUGUUUAUCGAUUAUCUUGAAAAAACCAAAAAGGAUCUUGACCAUUGCAUCAAGUUCAAACUGAACUACUUUCUAUACGAGGACGAGUUAUCAGACGCGGAGAAAAUGAAACAAGCGAUUACUAAGACGCAUGUUUUAGAAGAGAUUUGCCACUUCGUUAAACAGUGGGCCAGGCAAAUUACAAUGGUCCUAGUACAAAGUCAGCAGUUGCGCCGUGAACCGCCCAACAUCGGGCCGCUGGCGGAGCUGGACCACUGGAGGGGGCAGCUCGUGACGUUCACCUCGAUCAUAGAGCACAUGAAGAGCGAGCCCUGCAUGAUGUACAUCCACACUCUCCUCAGAGCCAAGUCGAAGCUUAUUAAGAAAUGGAAGCUCCUAGAUAAUCAAGUUACUGACUCUUACAACGAAGCUUUUGAUAACGUCAAGUACUUGUAUGCUUUGGAGAAAUACUGUGAACCAUUGUACAGAUGUGACCCACAGGCCAUGCAGCAGUUCAUCCCAGGCCUCCUCUAUACAAUCAGGAUGGUCUACGCGACCUCUCGCUACUACAACACGACCAAGCAAAUAUCUACCCUGCUCGUGAAGGUCACCAACCAAAUACUGAACAUGUGCAUGCUGUAUGUCACCAAUGGUGGGAAGAAAACUAUCUGGAAUCAGGAUAAAGCGAAUUUUAUUAAGAAAGCUCAACUCUGCCUAAACCUGUACGGGUUUUACCGCGAGUGCUACAACGAGACACAGAAGGUGAUGAGAGAAGCUGCGGACGAGCGGCCCUUUGAUUGUUCUGAGAUGUACAUAUUUGGCAAGUUUCAGACCUUCAAGAAUAGACUUGAGAAGAUAGUAGACCUGUUCCAAACGUAUAUAAAAUAUUACGUACUGAAUAAAACGACGCUCGAAGGUAUAGAGGAGCAAGCCGCCGCCUUCAAUAAACUGUACAAAAAUAUUUCAACCAAGACCUAUGAUGCUCUGGAUCACAGGAGGCCGGAUUUCGACAAAGACUACAAAAUAUACAAAGACAAUGUGGCCAACCAGGAGGUGCUGUUGGAGAACUUUAUGAUCAAUAGUGUCAGGAAGUGCCCGACGACGGAGACCGCCCUGCAGCUGAUCGCGAGGUUCGAGACGCUUCAGCUCGGCUGUCUGUAUCUCGAGGACCAGUACUACGAGCAGAUCGCCAUGUUCACUGAUGAGAUUGAGACGCUCAGGGACAGGUACAACGAAGAGCGAGAGGAGCCGGACAUACCGCGCAACAUGCCGCCGGCCGCCGGCAGGAUCAUCUGGAUACGGUUCUACGACAAGACCACCCAGGAACCGAUGCAGGUGUUCAAGCAACAGGACAUUGUCAUCAAUCAUCCUAACACGCAGAAAUGUAUAAAGCUGUUUAAUAUCAUGUCAAUCGUAUUCACUGAGUACGAGUUAAUAUACCACGAUGCUUGGGCGGAAAAUGUUGGCCAGGUGAGAUUGGGCCUGAUCGCCCCAUUACUGAUUCGCCACCCGACCACUAACAUGAUAAUAGUAAACUUCAAUGUCUACAUCCCGGAAUGUAUAAGGGAGGUGGAAUACAUGUGGCAGUUCGGAUUGAGUGUGCCUGAUGCCGCUCAGAUAGUCGCCUAUUGCAAGGACAAAAUAUUUGCAGACCACGAAAUGAUUAAACACCUGGUCGAAAGGAAUAAUCAGAUAAGAAGGAGUAUGCCAAAGUUGUACCUGCCGUUAUUGCGCGCGCAACUCAUAAAGAUAGACAAGGCGUUCCAGCCGGGCUUCUCCACCAUCACCUGGACGUCGCUGGAGAUAGCGUCGUACUGCGAAAACAUCUCCAAAGUCUUAGAUGAAGUGGAUUUGUUCGUUAAAGAGGUGGUGGACCUAAAAGAAGCGAGAAUAGAUGCGAUCCUCCGUUCGAUAUCCAAGACCAUGCUGGUUCAUAUGCCAGAAGAAGCCGUCGAUCCCGUCAUGUUUUACGAGGAAAAUCUCACCAGGAGAGACGAAAUUGCCCUGGAAUUGCAGAAUAAAUCUUGCACUGCUGAGUUGGCAGUCAUGGAACUUAUAAACAAGUUUCUGGACAGCGUACCGUCGCAGACUAUUAAAGAUCUAAAAGGAAACUGGUUGGAUUUAGAAAAAGCGCUGAAACAAGUUACAUCUGCCACUAGAGUUUUCCCCGAAGACGCAGCUUUUCUAGAGAUUGAAAAUCCGGAUUUGUGGGAGACUUUCUUUGUGUUGAACGAAUGCAAUGAGCUGUUUGCGUACUUCGCCACCAAGUGUGUGGAUUCUCUCAUCAAAAGUACCCGACAAAGCUUGGAUGUUCUGCGCAAACGAGCUUCAGUUUCAAGUUUCUUGACGAUGACGAUUGAUCCUGAGGAGCAGAAAAAUCUGAACCCGCUUAUGCUGACAUACAUGUACUUGCAUAUACCGAAUGUAUUGAUCAAGCCAACGUUGGAAGAGAUACAAUCAUCGUUUUCUCAGGUAGUCCUAAACUGUAUAAUGGACGUGCACCGCAACGUGUUCAUGUGGGGGCAGCAGGAGGCGCUCAAGAAGCUGAAGGAGGCCGGCGCCAACCUCGUCGUGUCGGCGCGCAGCCAGUCCAGUCAUGCGGGUAGGUCAGGAUCGAUGAUGGGCCUCAAAAACUAUUUCCGUUUGGUGUCUGAACACAAAGAUACCGUUCGUUCCGUGAUGGCGUUACAAGGAAUGAUGUUCAUGUACAAGCCUGAUAUUGAGAAAUUACUGAAGUCGUACAGCCGAUACGCACCCUUAUGGGCUGAAGACAGAGUGCAACAGAUUCAAGAGUUUGUGGAUUCGAACCCUCUGAACGUGAUCAUCAGAGAUAUGCUGAAGCAGUACGAGGCACAGACCGAGGAAGUCGACAAUCUUCCCGAGAGGCAUAUCAUUGGCUCCAUUCAAAUCAACAUGGAAAAGGUAAAACUCGGCCUGCAUUUGGAGUCAAUAGAGUGGAAGCGAACUCUGGGCAAGUUGCUCUGUCAUGCGUACAAGGAGCGUGUGCAGAAAAUGAUGCAGUUUAUCAAGGACAGGAUGAAGACCAUGGCUAAGAAAAUCAAGGACUUGGAUGACGUUAGAGUGGCUAUGUUGUGCCUGAAUCUAAUUCGGGAAGAGUUUAUUGGUAUGGAUAUGGAGUUGGAUUUGAUAGAGGAAAGCUACGAGACGUUCUAUCAGUACAAGAUCGACGUGCCCAAAGAGGACGAGGACAUGGUCAACGGGCUUCGGUUCGCUUUCCAGAACAUGCUGCUGACUGCUCAACAAGUCCAGCAGAAGAUAGUGGACAUGCAAGGGCCGCUGCAGCAGGAGUUGACAGAGGGCGUGGCCACGUUUGCCGAGGACGUGCUCAAGUUUGACGCGGACUAUGAAGCGUUUGGGCCCAUGACUCCAGGGCUGACGGCUAGGGAGGCUAGUGAUAGAGUUAUAAUGUUCCAAUCGAGAUUCGAUGAGUUAUGGAGAAGGUUUGAAAUGUAUUCCAACGGUGAAAGAUUAUUUGGAAUGGAGGUGAAAGACUACCCGAUAUUGCACCAAAAGAAGAAGGAAUUCAACUUGUUGAAUAAACUAUACAGUUUGUAUUUGGCUGUUAUGAACUCGAUCGACGGCUACUUCGAGACGCCGUGGGUCGACAUCGAUAUUCAAGCUAUCAUAACCCAACUUGCUGAGUUUGAUGUGAGGUGCCGCAAGCUGCCAAGAGCCAUGAAAGACUGGCCAGCGUUUAUAGAUCUGAAGAAGAAGAUCGAUGACUUCAACCAGACUUGUCCACUUCUGGAGCUGAUGGCUGACAAGUCUAUGAAGGAGCGACAUUGGAAACGAUUGGAGGAGCUCUUGCAUUGCGUGUUGGAUGUCCAAUCGGAUUCGUUUACUCUUGCUCACGUGAUGGAAGCUCCUCUUUUGAAGUACAAGGAAGACGUUGAGGACAUAUGCAUCAGCGCAGUCAAAGAGAAAGACAUAGAAGCUAAACUGAAGCAAGUGAUCGCGGACUGGGCGGUCAUAGACUUGCAGUUCGGCAACUUCAAGAACCGCGGCGAGCUGCUGAUCAAGGCGCAGGAGACCAUGGACACCAUCACUCUGCUAGAAGAUUCUCUUAUGGUGCUAAAUUCACUCGCCUCCAACAGAUACAACUUACCGUACAAGCGAGAAAUAGCGACAUGGAUCAACAAGUUGGUCGGCACUACGGAGAUCCUGGAAAAAUGGCUGCAAGUGCAGAACCUAUGGAUGUAUCUGGAAGCGGUGUUUGUAGGAGGCGACAUCGCCAAACAACUGCCGGCUGAAGCUAAGAGGUUUGCUACGAUAGACAAGCAGUACGUAAAGAUAAUGUACCGGGCGCGCGACAUUGUCAACUGUGUGGAGACUUGCACAGGCGACGAUACCCUGAAACAAAUGCUACCGCACCUGUUCGAACAACUGGAAGCGUGUCAGAAGUCCCUCACUGGCUACCUGGAGACGAAGAGGCUGAUCUUCCCGAGGUUCUUCUUUGUGUCCGACCCGGUCUUGUUGGAGAUUUUGGGUCAGUCGUCGGAUCCGCGCUCUAUACAGCCGCACCUGCCGAGUCUGUUCGACGCGCUCAACACAGUGGACUUUGAUGACAAGGAGCGCAUCGUGGCCAUGAACUCCGACAACGGGGAGACCAUCCCCAUGGAGCGCCCUGUCAACUGUAUCGGGGGGGUUGAGAACUGGCUGAACGUUCUCCUCGACACAAUGAAGGAGACGGUGCGCAACAUCAUCGCGAGCGUGUGCCAGACGCUCACCGGCGACCCCGAGUUCGAGUUCCUGUCCGGCUUCUGGAAUUACCCUGGACAGGCGGGUCUCCUAGCGAUGCAAAUCCUGUGGACCAGCGAUGCCGAGUAUGCCCUGAAGAAGGCGAGAGUCGAUCGCUUCAUCAUGAGGGUCACCAAUAUUAAGUUCCUGGACUUGCUCAACGGCCUUAUAGACCAGACGGUCAAAGACCUAGUACCCAUAGACCGCACCAGGAUCGAAACUAUGAUCACUAUUCAUGUGCACCAAAGAGACAUAUUCGAUGACUUAGUUCGGAUGCGUAUCAAGUCGCCGGGAGACUUUGAAUGGCAGAAGCAGGCGAGAUUCUACUACAGCGAGGAAACCGAUGAUGUUAACGUCUCCAUUACUGACGUGAAUUUUGUGUACCAGAACGAAUAUCUGGGUAUAACUGAGCGACUUGUAAUUACGCCGCUAACGGAUCGCUGCUACAUCACACUUGCACAAGCUAUUGGUAUGAACAUGGGCGGGGCGCCGGCGGGCCCGGCCGGCACGGGCAAGACGGAGACCACGAAGGACAUGGGCCGCACGCUCGGGAAACUCGUCAUCGUCUUCAACUGCUCCGAUCAGAUGGACUUCAGAGGUCUCGGCCGUAUAUUCAAGGGGCUGGCCCAGUCGGGCACGUGGGGGUGCUUCGACGAGUUCAACCGCAUCGAGCUGCCCGUGCUGUCGGUGGCCGCGCAGCAGAUACACAUCUGUCUCACGGCGCGCCGGGAGAAGAAGGAGUUCUUUAUAUUUAGCGACGGCGACACAGUGAGCAUAAACAUGGAGUUUGCGUUCGUGAUCACGAUGAACCCGGGCUACGCGGGCCGCCAGGAGCUGCCCGAGAACCUCAAGAUACAGUUCCGCUCCGUCGCCAUGAUGGUGCCCGACCGCCAGAUCAUCAUACGAGUGAAGCUGGCCAGCUGCGGGUUUAGGGACAACAUCGUACUGGCUCGUAAAUUCUUCACGCUUUACAAGCUUUGCGAAGAGCAACUAUCAAAACAAGUGCAUUACGACUUUGGUCUAAGAAAUAUCCUGUCCGUCUUGAGAACCAUGGGAGCACAAAAACGAGCUAACCCCGAUAAUACGGAGGAGAAUAUUAUGAUGCGAGUUUUGAAAGAAAUGAAUGCUUCAAAGUUGGUGGAUGAGGAUGAACCAUUAUUUGUGUCUCUCAUUGAAGAUUUGUUCCCCGGAAUGAAAAUGACGCAAACUGUUCAAAGAGACAUGCAGCGCGCGAUAGCAACAGUCUGCGAGCGGCAGGGUCUAGUCAACCACCCGGACUGGAACAUCAAAGUGAUACAGCUGUUCGAGACGUCUCUAGUGAGACACGGACUCAUGACUAUGGGCCCCACAGGGUCGGGGAAGACCAAGUGUAUCCACACCCUUAUGGCGGCGCUUACUGAGCUUGGCAAGCCGCAUAAGGAGAAUAGAAUGAACCCUAAGGCCAUCACAGCUCCUCAAAUGUUCGGGCGGCUGGACGUAGCAACAAACGAUUGGACUGACGGCAUAUUCUCCACGCUAUGGAGACGAGCUUUGAAGGUCAAGAAAUCUGAUACCACAUGGAUUGUGUUAGACGGUCCAGUAGACGCGGUAUGGAUCGAGAACCUAAACUCCGUGCUCGACGACAAUAAGACGUUAACCCUCGCCAACGGGGACCGUAUACCGAUGGCACAGAACAGCAAGCUGGUGUUUGAACCAGAUAAUGUGGACAACGCGUCGCCGGCCACCGUCAGCAGAAUGGGCAUGGUGUUCCUGUCUUCUUCUGUGCUCAAGUGGCAGCCGAUUUUGGAGGGUUGGUUAAAAACGAGAAAUGAAAAGGAAGCGACUACUCUGCGUAAUGCAUUCAACAAGGUUUAUGAUGAUAUACAUUCCUAUGUGCAGCAGAAACUACCAGCUAAGAUGAAACUUCUUGAAGCCAUUUACAUAAGACAAUGCACAGACAUGUUAACUGGUCUUCUAGAAGUGGAGAUACCUGGAGGAAAAACCCACACCGACCGUCACUUGGAGCGCCUAUUCGUGUUCGCAAUGAUGUGGUCUUUGGGAGCCGUCCUAGAGCUGGACGCUCGCACCAAGAUGUCGGAGUUCAUGAUGAAACUGCCCGUCAAGAUGGACUGGCCCGGGGCCAAGAGCAAGGAAUGGAUCAUGCCGUUCGAGUACAUGGUCAACUCUAGCGGCACUUGGCAACACUGGUCAGAAAUCGUGGAGGACUACAUCUACCCAUCAGAUUCUGUACCCGAGUACGCCUCAAUUCUGGUACCCAAUAUCGAUAACGUGUGUGUGGGCUACUUGAUCGACACCAUCGCUAAACAGAAUAAGGCAGUGCUGCUGAUUGGUGAACAAGGGACGGCCAAGACUGUCCAGUUGAAGAGCUACAUGGCCAAAUAUGACAAUGAGGUUAAAUUGUACAAAGUGGUCAACUUUUCCUAUGCGACUACGCCGAAUAUGUACCAGCGAAUAAUCGAGUCGUACGUGGAAAAGCGCGUGGGCAUGACGUACGGGCCGGCUAACAACCGCGCCAUGACCGUGUUCAUAGACGACAUCAACAUGCCCGUCAUCAACGAGUGGGGCGAUCAGAUCACAAAUGAAAUAACGCGGCAGAUGAUGGAGGCUGGCGGGUUCUACUCGCUGGAGAAGCCUGGAGAGUUUGUUACUAUCGCCGACAUACAACUAUUCGGGGCCAUGAUACAUCCAGGCGGAGGGCGGAAUGAUAUCCCUCCUCGGCUGAAGAGGCAGUUCUGCAUAUUCAACUGUACACUACCUAAUUUUGUAUCCAUGGAUAGAAUAUUCGAAACAAUAAGCAGUGGAUAUUUCUGCAAGACCCGAUUUGACAAGAAGAUUGUUGAGUUCAUGCCUCGACUUGUGCAGGUCACGCGACUUAUUUGGCAGCAAACUAAAACCAAGAUGCUUCCAACCCCUGCCAAGUUCCACUAUGUGUUCAACCUACGAGACUUGUCUCGCAUCUGGGAGGGCAUUCUGUUCAUCAAACGCGAGGAGUUGCAGAGCGUCGCCACUGCCAUCAAGCUGUGGCACCACGAGUGCUUGCGAGUUAUAUCUGAUAGAUUCACAAACUUCGAGGACAAGAUCUGGUUCACCAACAACUUCUGGAAGACGGCACGAGCGGAGUUGCCCGACGUUGCAAGCGAAUUCCCUGAAGGAGACACGUUCUUUGUGAACUUCCUGCGAGAGCCCAUUGACCCCACCGGCGAUGAAGAUGAGGACUUUAGUCUCGACGCGCCUAAGAUCUACGAGGAGCUGCCGUCAUGGGAGUUCGUCCUCUCGAAGUUGGUUGGCUUCCAAGAGCAGUUUAAUGACGCGAUAAGAGGCGCUCAUUUGGAUUUAGUAUUUUUCUACGACGCCAUGGUUCAUUUGUUCAUAAUUUCACGUAUUAUAAAUACGCCUCGGGGCAAUGCUUUGUUGGUCGGUGUGGGUGGUUCUGGAAAGCAAAGUUUAACAAAACUAGCCUCUUUUAUUGCUAACUACUCAUUCUACCAAAUAACUUUGACUAGAGCCUACAAUGUUAACAACUUUAUGGACGACAUAAAGAUCCUUUACCGAGUGGCUGGCUUGCAGGGCCAAGGCAUCAGUUUCAUAUUCACGGACAACGAUAUCAAAGACGAACAGUUCCUUGAGUUUUUGAACAACAUCUUGAGUUCCGGUGAAAUUGCCAAUCUGUUUUCUAAAGAAGAAAUGGAUGAAAUCCUGAACGAGCUGACGCCAAUAAUGAAGAAGCUAGCCCCCCGACGCGUGGCGGUGCCCGACGUACUCUAUGAGUACUUCAUCACGAGGUCGCGCGCCAACCUUCACGUUGUGUUGUGCUUCUCUCCUGUGGGUGAAAAAUUCAGAAGUCGAGCCUUGAAGUUCCCCGGCUUGAUUUCCGGUUCCACGAUGGACUGGUUCCAGAAAUGGCCGAAAGAGGCGCUUAUUGAAGUGGCACAACACUUCUUAGCAGAUUUUAAGGUUGUAUGCUCGCCGGAGACGAAAGCGCAACUGAUCGAGAUCAUGGGCACAGUGCAAGACAACGUGGCUGACAACUGUGCUGCUUAUUACGAGCGAUUCCGCCGCCAGGCUCACGUUACGCCCAAGUCAUAUCUGUGCUUCCUCGACGGGUACAAGGGAUUGUAUAAGGAGAAGCACGAUAGUAUAGCUGAAAUGGCCCGAAGGAUGACGACGGGUUUGGAUAAAUUAGUGGAAGCAGCUGCCAGCGUCGAUAUCCUGAAGAAAGAGUUGGAAGUCAAGGAGAAAGAAAUCAAUGUUGCUACUGAAAAGGCUGAGGAGGUACUAGCGGCAGUAGCAGAAUCGCAGGCGGCGGCCGAGGUGGUGAAGCAGGAGGUGAUGGCGGUGAAGGACCGCGCCGUGAAGCUAGUCAACGUGAUCGCCGCCGACACCGCCGUCGCCGAGGAGAAGCUAGCUGAUGCCAAGCCGGCUCUGGAUGCUGCUGAGGCCGCUCUAUUGACCAUAAACUCAGCAGACAUAGCGACAGUGCGCAAGCUGGGCAAGCCGCCGUUCCUCAUCACGCUGAUCAUGGACGCCGUGGUCAUCCUGUUCAGGAAGCGGGUCGACCCCAUCAAACCCGACUUUGAGAAGAAAUUCCUCACGCCUUCGUGGGCUGAGUCGUUGAAAGUAAUGGCUGAUGUACGCUUUUUAAAUAAUUUGAAGAAUUUCCCCAAAGACGAAAUCAACGCUGAAAUUGUAGACCUGCUUCAGCCUUACUUCAGAUUUAGCAACUACACAUACGAAGCUGCAAAAGUGGCUUGCGGGAACGUGGCCGGCCUCAUCUCGUGGACGAUCGCGAUGGCGCAGUUCUACUCCGUGAACAAGGACGUGCUGCCGCUGAAGGCCAACCUGGCCGUCAUGCAGGGCAAGUACCAGGCGGCCAAGCGGGAGCUGGACUCGGCGCAGCAGCAGCUCGAGACUAAGGAGAAAGAACUAGCGGUAGUGCAAAAGAGGUUCGACGACGCCAUGGCGCUGAAACAAGAGGUCCUGGACGACGCGUCUAAGUGCCAGCAGAAGAUGGAUGCGGCCACGGCCCUCAUCAACGGACUCAGUGGCGAGAGGGUUAGAUGGACGGAGCAGUCUGCGCUGUUCAAGUCAGAAAUCGAGAGGCUUGUCGGAGAUAUACUGCUGCUCAUUGGCUUUUUAUCCUACGCGGGCCCCUUCAAUCAAGAGUUCCGUAAUCAGCUGCUCACUAAUUGGCUUAACGAGUUGAUAAAAAGAAAAAUACCAGUUUCUAUGAAUUUGAAUAUUCUUGAAGAAUUAACUGACACUGCUACGAUUGGUGAUUGGAAUUUAUGCGGCCUACCAACAGACGAACUCUCUAUACAGAACGGUAUCAUAGUCACUAAAGCGGCCAGGUUCCCGCUGCUAAUAGAUCCCCAGACGCAAGGGAAAAUCUGGAUCAAGAAUAUGGAGAAAAAUAAUGAUUUGAUUGUUACUACGCUCAACCACAAAUAUUUCAGGAACCACAUUGAGGAUUGUGUGAAUCAGGGCCGCCCAUUACUAAUUGAAGAUGUCGCUGAAGAACUGGACCCUGCUCUAGAUAACAUCCUCGAAAAGAACUACAUCAAAAUUGGUUCCUCAUUCAAGGUAAAACUGGGUGAUAAAGAAAUAGACGUGAUGGAAGGUCACAAGAUCUACAUCACGACGAAGCUUCCAAAUCCUGCGUACACUCCUGAAGUGUCAGCACGGACAUCGAUUAUAGACUUUACGGUCACCAUGCAAGGGCUUGAAGACCAACUGUUAGGUCGGGUGAUACUAACAGAGAAGUACGAGUUGGAGAACGAACGGACCCAACUCAUAAUGGACGUAACAUCAAACCGACGCAAGAUGAAGGAGCUAGAGGCGAAUUUACUGCACAAAUUGACUACGAUACAGGGCUCCCUGGUGGAGGAUGUCUCGUUGAUACAAGUGCUCAAUGUCACUAAGGCUACGGCUACUGACGUUCGAGAAAAACUGGACGUGGCUAAAGAGACAGAAACAAAGAUCAACCUAGCUCGCGAAGAGUACCGCCCCGUGGCCACUCGGGGAAGCGUCCUCUACUUCCUGGUGUGCAACAUGUCGCUGGUCUGCCACAUGUACCAGACCUCACUGGCGCAGUUCUUGGAGAGAUUCGACAUAUCCAUAGAUCGGUCCACCCCGAGCCCGAUCACGGCUAGACGGAUCGGAUUUAUUAUCGAGUAUUUGACUUUCGACGUAUUUAAGUUUAUUUCCCGUGGGUUCUACGAAAAACACAAGUACUUAUUCACAGUGCUUUUGACAUUGAAGAUAGAUUUACAGAGGGAAUACGUUUCGUUUGAUGAAUUCCAGACUUUUAUCAAAGGUGGUGCAGCUUUAGAUUUGAAUGCUUGUCCUCCAAAGCCAUUCAAGUGGAUUACAGAUAUGUCGUGGUUAAAUCUAGUCCAACUGACGAACUUGCGCUUAUUCACCAACAUACUAACCCAAAUCACCAAUAAUGAAAAGAGUUGGAAGGUUUGGUUUGACAAAGAAGCUCCAGAGGAAGAAGUGAUACCAGACGGCUACCACACCCUAGAUGUGUUUAGAAAACUCUUGGUCGUGCGGUGUUGGUGCCCGGACAGGACCAUCGCACAGAGUUUAAAAUAUGUUAACCAAUCAAUGGGUCCUAAGUUCACCGAAGCUGUGAUUGUACAAUAUGAGCAAAUGGUGUUAGAAUCCCGUCCGCUGGUGCCGCUGAUCGGUUUCCUCGCCAUGGGGUCGGACCCGACGCCCAUGAUCGAGACCACCGCCAAGCGCAUGGAGUGCUCCUGCUCCUCGAUAUCCAUGGGGCAAGGACAGGAGGUGCACGCCAGGAAACUCAUUGAGAGGGCCCUUACUGAGGGCUUCUGGGUGUUGCUGCAAAACUGCCACUUGGGUCUGGAGUACAUGGUGGAGGUGAUGGAGCAGUUCGGAGAGCUGGAGAAGAACCCUGAGACUGUUCACGAGACAUUCCGGCUCUGGAUUACAACGGAAGUUCACCCUAAAUUUCCAAUUACGCUGUUGCAAAUGUCCAUCAAAUAUACGUGUGAACCUCCCUCAGGUAUAAAGGCUGGAUUAAUGCGCACUUACGACUCGAUGAGCCAAGACUUCUUAGACUACAGCGACAGUCCUUUCUACCUUCCUCUCAUAUACACAAUCUCGUUCCUACACACGGUUGUGCAAGAGAGACGCAAGUUCGGACCUCUCGGCUGGAAUAUUCCUUACGAGUUCAACUCCGCUGAUUGGCUGGCUUCUUGCAUGUUCAUCCAAAACCAUUUGGAGUCUUUGGACCCAACACAAAAUAUCAGUUGGAAUACUGUGCGCUACAUGGUGUCGGCGGUGCAGUACGGCGGGCGGGUGACGGACGACUUCGACAACCGUCUGUUGACUACUUUCACCAAGGUGUGGCUGUCCGACCAGCUGUUCAACACCGAGUUCCUGUUCUACAAGGGAUAUGGCAUUAUGAGGUUUAAAAAUCUAUCGGAGUAUAUUGAAGAGAUUGAGAAGAUGAAAACUAUAGAUCCUCCCCAAGCAUACGGUCUACACAGUAACGCUGAUAUAACUUACCAACGCAAUACCACACAAGAGCUGCUAGACACGAUGCUCUCCAUCCAGCCGAAGGAAUCUACGGCCGGCGGCGGCGAGACGAGAGAAGCCUCUGUGUACAGACAAGCUGUGGAGAUGCUCGAAAAAGUACCACAUAACUUCGAUCCUAAUGACGUUAAAGAACGGUUGAAGUUCUACGGCCAGUUUGGUUCAAUGGUGAUCUUCUUACGGCAAGAGAUAGAUCGUAUGCAGAAGGUGAUCAACUUAGUGCGGUCCACCCUGAAAGACCUUCUUCUGGCCAUCGACGGAACUAUCAUCAUGAGCGAGGCACUACGGGACUCCCUGGACAGUAUCUACGAUGCGAAAGUGCCGAAGCUCUGGCUGCGCAGCUCCUGGUCCUCAUCCACCCUCGGGUUCUGGUUCACCGAGUUUCUGGAGAGGAACCAGCAGUUCCACUCGUGGUGCUUCCAGGCGAGACCGAAUACCUUCUGGAUGACCGGAUUCUUUAAUGCACAAGGUUUCCUGACGGCCAUGCGGCAGGAGGUGACGCGCGCGCACAAGGGCUGGGCCCUAGACAUGGUCUCCCUACACAAUGACGUCACCAAGUUCACUUACGACGAAAUUAAGGCUGCUCCUACGGAAGGAGUAUACGUGCACGGCUUGUUCCUAGACGGGGCGGGGUGGGACCGGCGCAACAUGCGUCUCUGCGAGUCCUCGCUCAAGGUGCUCUUCACUCAGCUGCCGGUGGUGCACAUCUAUGCCAUCAACUCCACGGCUCCUAAGGACCCUAAACUCUAUCUGUGUCCGGUCUACAAGAAGCCGGUGCGCACGGGGCUGAUGUUCGUGACGCCGCUGUGGCUGCCCACGCUCAAGCACCCCGACCACUGGGUGCUGCGCGGCGUCGCCGUACUGUGCGACAUCAAGUAGAGGCCAGCUUAGAGUGGCGGGAAUAAGUUUUACUUACUCCGUUGGCUCAGCGAUCCAAA